AUGGCGCUACGGAAGUCCAGCCAGCGCGAGAUCUGGAAGAUAUUGGGGCUCGCUGCAGCCCUGCUCAUGGGGACCUUUGUAUUUCUGUCCCUGCACUUCGCUCUGACGGCCGCCGAAGAACGCCACAAGGCUGCCGCUGGCUCCCCCGCGGCGCAGGCGCCGCGCCCGGCGCCCGCGGCCCCGCCGGCCGCCGCGGCCCCCGCGCCGCCCGCGCAGCUCGGGGCCUCCUCCCCCGAAGUGGAGUACCUCGUGCGGGAGCCGCCCGAGGAUCACCGGGCCCCGGAGUGCCGGGCCCAGCACGAGACGUUGAGGGCGAUGCCCGCAGGGGCGUUGCCGAACACCUCUGUCAUCUUCACGUUCUGCAACGAGCCCGCGCACUCUCUGUACAAUUCUAUAUAUUCCGUCAUCGAACGGUCACCCAGGCAUUUACUGCACGAGUUCAUCUUGGUGGACGACGGUUCCAGCGCAGAGCACAUCCAGAAGCCCCUUGAGGACUGGGCGAAGACGCUGCCGGUGCCAGUGCGGAUCGUGCGCCAGGGCUACCGCUCGGGGCUGAUGCGCGCCCGCGUUGCCGGAGCCAAAGUGGCAACUGGCCAGACGAUUACGGUCCUCGACUCGCACGUUAGCUGCUCAGAAGGUUGGCUUGAGCCGCUGAUGUACCGAAUCUCCCAGGGACGUGAACAUGUCGUCAUGCCUGCCAUCGAUGGAAUCGACAAGAAGUGGAAGUACAAGAAAGGUGGCGUCGAAUUGGUAGGGUUCAACACAGCGCUGGUUGACCACGGCAUACAUCUACAAAAGGCGCACGAGUUCCCUGGCAUGAAGGAGACUGACCCGCAACCAUCGCCAGCGAUGGCUGGCGGUCUCUUUUCGAUACACAGGGAAUAUUUCUUCGACAUCGGAGCAUUCGACGAAGGUAUGUUCCAUUGGGGCGGCGAAAAUAUUGAAAUUGGCUUCCGAGUAUGGCAAUGCGGAGGUUCCAUCGAGCUCAUCAAGUGCUCCCGGGUCGGCCACCUCUGGGGCGGCAUGGGCGCAAGUUGUGGAUGGCCAGGUUCCUCGCCAGGAACCGUGAACAAGUGGCGGGCUAUUGAAGCUUGGAUGGAUCCAGUGCACCAGGACAUCAUGCGACAUUAUUUGCCAUAUCCAGAAGAAGGUACUGGUGAUAUAUCAAAUUUGCUUGAUAUUCGUGACAAGUUGAAGUGCAAGGACUUCGAUUAUUUCUUGGACAAGGCCUACCCUGAGUGCUGGAUGCGAGUCAUCCAGACAGCGAAGUUCAGGGGAUUGUUCCGGAAUGCCGCCCGAGAGUUGUGCAUCGACGCGCGACCGAGUCCUCGAAUGGAACCUUGCAAUUCAGACAGGAUUAAGGGCAACAACCAGUAUUUAUUCUUGACCAAAAACUCAGAGUUGCUGUUGAACGCGUACAACGCGGACAUGGACAGUUGUAUUGAGGCACGGGUGGUCUUCGGAGAGUACUGCGAGAUGGGCGCUUGCAGCCUUGGUUGGAAGGACAGAGGGGCCAGUGCGUACUUGGCGUGCGGCUCUGGAUUCCGCGCUGCACUGGGCCGCGUAGUAUGUCGCGGG